AUUGACGGUACGAGACAAAUGGUCCAGAACCUUUGCUACUGUCGCGUAUUAUUAUUUGUCCGGUGAGCUAUUGUCGUGGCCGUAUUUAUUAGGAUGCUUUUUCACACAUCGCUUCCUUCGUUUUUCGUCGAGGGGAAUACUUUCUAAGACCAUCUCGUCGAAUCGCCGACAGUGGACAAUGUGAAAAGGAGAAAUCCACCAAUAUGUCUUCCUGUGCAGACAGCGGGAAAGGAGAGUCUACUCCGGGGGAUAAUGACAAAACAGAAACCGAAACAAAGGAGGAUGCUGGUCGGCCAUCCGCUGCUUCUUCAUCUACAGUCGCAUCCAUUCUUCGACGAAGAAUGUCCUGGGGUCGAUGUCCGUUCCUCGGUCACUCGUUCUGGGACCCCAGUCUGGAGGAAGCUUACCAGAAAUAUUCUCACAGGCAGAGGAGGAAGUCUCUUGUUGUCGUCAAUCUCGUAGACAUCAUCCUCAAGGUUGUUUGGAUAGUGUCGGACGUUCUGAAUAUUGGUGUAGAAGCAGCUCUUGACCUCAAUCUAUUAGUGCAGGUGGCUCCAUUCCUCAUCUUGAACAUCAUCCUCUGCUUCUGCACCUGCUGCAAAUGCUUCUCCAGGAACUACUUGCACUGGGGAGCUUUGCUCACUUGUCUCCUACUCAAUUUGCAAGCUAGCAUCGGUGUGGAUAUUGAAAAUGCUAGACUCAUUCUCAAAGAUGGGACUAUGGAGCUAUUGGGACCCUGGAGGAUCAUCUUCGUCGUGUUCGUCACUUAUUCUAUGCUGCCCUUGUCUCUGCGUUGGUGUCUUUUCUGUGGCACAAUUUCUUCCGUUGCUCACACCAUCAUCGUCGUUUCUUUUACCCCAUUGUCGGAGAGAACAUUAGACUUUGCCAAAAAGGUGCUGACAAAUGCUUUGCUGUAUACAUGCAUUAAUUUAGUAAGCAUGUAUACCAAAUACCUUACAGACAGAGCACAAAGAAAUGCAUUCUUAGAGACAAGAAGAGCGAUAGAGACGAGACACAAAACUGCAAAAGAAAAUAACAAACAAGAACGUCUUUUGCUCAGCGUAUUGCCCCGCUUUGUUGUGAUGGAAAUGAUCAGAGAUAUGGCAUCAGAUGAAGAUGAAGAUUUCCAGAACAAUCGUAAAAUUCUUUCAGCUCAACAGUUUCACCGCAUCUAUAUUCAUUGCUAUGAUCAUGUCAGCAUUUUGUUUGCGGAUAUACAAGGCUUUACCGCUCUGGCUUCCAGAUGUUCAGCUCAAGAGCUGGUUCAAGUAUUAAAUGACUUAUUUGCUCGCUUCGACAGACUUGCACAUGAGCAACACUGUCUUCGUAUCAAAUUGCUAGGUGAUUGUUAUUACUGCGUCAGUGGUCUACCAGAACCACGUCCAGAUCAUGCACACUGCUGUGUGGAGAUGGGAUUACAUAUGAUACACGUCAUCAAGUUGGUGAGAGAGAAGACUCGGGUAGAUCUGAAUAUGAGAAUCGGGAUACACUCAGGAAGUGUUUUGUGCGGAGUUCUUGGUCUUUACAAAUGGCAGUUUGAUGUCUGGUCGAAUGACGUGACGCUUGCCAACCAUAUGGAAUCUGGAGGCAUUGCAGGGAAAGUUCACAUUUCGAAGGCCACCCUGGAUUACUUAGGUGACACCUAUGAAGUAGACCCUGGCCAUGGUGAAACUCGAGAUGCUUAUCUUCGAACUCACGGCGUCGAGACCUUCCUAAUUAGAAAGAACCAACCGUCAGUAUCGCCAUCCAAGUUUUGUCAAUCUUUUCGUGGAUUAAAAAAGACAAUGUGCCGACAAGACAGUCGCAGUGAUGAAGAUGUUGACUGGAAUCCAGAAAUACCUUUCGAAAAUUUGAAUUAUAUGAGGGACUCGAUGGACGAGGAAACAGCAUCCCUGCCACCAGAUGAUGAACCCAAACCUCGAAAAGCUUCCACCCAUCGCCCUUUGACACCAACAGUAAGCGAAGAGGUAGAAGAUCUCAUAGAGCAAUCCAUCGAAAUAGAAUCCAACAAGAAGAUGCGCAAAGAUCAUUUGUCGUGGUUCAGUCUGACUUUCAUAUCACCAGACACGGAAACAAAGUUUCAUCAAAUACGCGACAGGGUCUUCCGGUCGAACACCUCGUGUGCCUUCGCAGUCUGGAUUUUUGUCGCCCUCAUUCAAAUUAUUAUGACACCGAAAUCUCUUGUUACGGUUUCAGUGUUUCCGGCUGUAACAUUAUUCUUGGGAGCCACUUUUGCAGCUGUAUGCGCCUCGACGGCAUUGGCACCUUCUGCUGGUUGGGCUCGUGUUUUAGGCUCAGCACUGGACAAUCGAAGGCCUCUAAGGAACGCUAUAUUUUGUGCUACUGUCGCUGCUAUCGUUUUAGGAGCUACGGCGAAUAUGUUUUCUUGUGACGGCUCGUUAUCAUUCAUUCGUGAGAGCCUCAAUCAGACGUCUAUCGAUCCACUUCGAAGCACUUCAUGCACUCAUCCUCAGUAUUUCGUACUGAGCUGGAUCUUGACUAUGGUAGCGUGCGUUUCUUUCUUGAAAGUGCACUACUUGUUGAAGCUCGGUCUGCUAUUAUUCAUGCUCUCGACGUAUCUCUUAUUAAUGCUUGUCAUCUUUUCGGACAUCUUUGAAGGAACUUGUCAAAGGAAAGUCUGUGUUUCUCUGAAAUUCCGAGCUCUCGCUUUGUUGAUUAUAUUUUUCUACAUGGUCAGUUAUCACUGUAGACUGAUCGAGAUCACGUCCCGUUUGGACUUCUUGUGGAAACUGCAGGCUCAAAAGGAACUCCAGGAGAUGCGAGAGCUGAGGCAGCACAAUCAGCAACUUCUCAAGAACAUCCUUCCAGACCAUGUCGCAUCUUAUUUCUUGCUCCAGGACAGGAACUAUGAAGAACUAUAUGCUCAGUCCUACAGCUGUUGUGGCGUGCUCUUCGCAUCAAUUCCUAAUUUUGCAUCUUUCUAUUCUGAAGAUAUUAAUAAUGGCGUGGAAUGCAUACGGUUACUCAACGAGAUUAUUUUUGACUUUGAUCAGUUAUUGGACGAAGAACGAUUUCGACCACUGGAAAAAAUAAAAACAAUCAGCAGCACCUAUAUGGCAGCCUCGGGAUUGAAUCCAAGUAGAAAGGGCCCGGAUGAAUGGGGUCAUCUGACUGCACUCGUCGACUUUGCUUUUGCGAUGAGAGAAGCUCUGGAUGAACUGAACAAACAUUCUUUCAACAAUUUCAAACUGCGCAUUGGAAUCAGUCAUGGUCCUCUGGUAGGUGGUGUUAUUGGUGCCAAGAAACCCGUUUACGAUAUUUGGGGCAACACAGUAAAUGAAGCUAGCCGCAUGGAUUCCACAGGCACAUUUGAUAAAAUACAGGUUCCUAAAGCAACAGCUCAGAUCCUUGAGGCCCAUGGAUAUCUUGUUCAAUUUCGAGGUUCAGUUGCAGUUAAAGGUAAAGGUGAAAUGGAAACUUACUAUGUCUUGGGAAGAAGGAAAUCCGUCGGUCGCCAAAUGUCUGUGGGGCGGCAUCCAAGCGUUCACAAGAGUCUGGCAGCAGUCGUAUAUGGCUUAGUUCGUGCACGUAAGAAGGGUUUAGGAUCCAGCCUUAGUGUCCCAAGUCCCCAAAGACGGCUGGCACCUUUAGUUCCACCACCCUCAAGGCACAAAUUGCACAGAAUUCUGUCAGAAACCCCUCAUCCAGGAAGACGGAAAAGCAGAAUGCGCGAGCGUCGCAUGACCGAUGCUGGAGGAAGCAGUCAUUCCUAUCCCGACAUGAGGAAUGUCAUAGAUCUUGAUUUUAAGCCAGUAACGUGACGCAAAACCAGCAAGGAAAAGUAGAGAAGAAUUACAUGGUGAUGUUAUAUUUUAAAGGUGUUACUUGUGAAGUCAUUAUUUUUUCGUCAUCUGGUGUUUUUGAAAAUAUGUUUUAAUCAAACAAUUAGUUAAUGUUUUUCCUUCAAUGCAUUUAGGAAAUUAGGUGUUUGUGCAUUGUGAAUAUUUCUGCAUUGAUAAAUCGUAUAUGAAAGAAUAUUCUGUUUGAUGAUGCCAACAAAGCCUCUUAAUAUAAUUUUUAAAAAGACAAAUCUAUAUAUGCCAAUUGCUUGAAAAUAAUUUUUUUGACAGCUGGUUGAUAAUGACUUUCUUCAAUGAGUAGAAAUAUGCCACUCCUCAUCAAUGGUUCCUCUAUAAAAACUGUACAUUUUGUUAUUUAUUGUAUCCUUAUCAAACUUUUCCUAGAUAAAAAUCGUAUCAAUCGUUCAAUAUAUUUGUAUUCUUCUAGAAACACAAAUAUUUAUGUUUAAGAUGCUUGAGGAAUUCGUAGUUUCUUUGUGUAUGGAAGCAUCAAUGGUUUCUUUACUAUUAAUGACAGGCACACCCGUCAAUAAAUGUAGUACCCAAUUACACAAGUAAAUAUGAGGUGGUAAUUGUAAAUUUCUCAAUUGAAUCUUAUUCAAAGCAUCACGUUAAGUGUUAUAUUUCACUGAAUAUCAAUGUAAAAUUUUAAAUUGUGUCAUUUGUAGAAUUGUCUCCAAGCUUUUCAUAGUAUUCUUUCAUGUGUAUGACGCAUCACUCAUAUACAUAACAUUUUAGUGUUAUUUUUCAUUAUUUUACAUACAGUAGAUUCGCUUUUUUCUAAAAAGAUACACAUUAUUUAUGAAGAAAAACAUUUAAACUUAUAUCAUCCUUUACACUUCACAGCGAUCCAAAAAUUGUACAAUCCGUCCCUAAUAGUCCACUCUAUAUCUUUUCUAACGGGACGUUUCUCAAACAAAUCGAAAUAAAAAAAAAAGCAAAAUUUUCCAAGAGGCUAAUCUACUGUAUUAGAAAUCCUAUCAUUAAUGUAUAUUUCUGCAUCAUUUUGACAUUUUAUGUAACCAAGAAAGUAUGUAUGUAAACUGUGUGAUCUAAUAAAUGUUAGUUUUCUCUCUCUUAAUGUUACUUAUUUUAAUUUAUAAUUUUGUAUUUACAAAAUGUGUAUACCUUCUUCCCAAUGCUCUUUGUACAUAACAGCGGAAAUAUUAAAAAGAAAUUGUAUUUUAUAAUGACUCUCAAGUCCGCUUCACAAAAUAAAUUGCUGGUGUCCAAUUUUCUAAUUUUCUUAGAACGAUGGAAUUCUUAUAUGCUAUUAUGAAAUGAAACAGAGAAGCAAUUUAAACUCAUUUAUUAUUUUUUAAAAUUUCGCUUGUUCAAGGUUUGUGAAUUAAAUAUCUAAAAUGGUUUUCAAAUCAUAAGACAUUUUUGAGUGCCAAUAACAGUUAAUAAAAAUAUCAUUCAGUAUGUUAUAUUUAAAUUACGGUAUUAUUCGUAUUCGUAAAUCGUAAUUCCAGUGUCAUUGAAAAUUUUACUUUGUUAUGGAUGAUGAUUCUUUGUAGGUUUUCUACGUCUGUUUCAAAUCAAAAUAGGAACUUUUCAAAGACUACAUUUAAAGAAACUAAAUUCUUUUUUAACAGAACAAAAAAUGCUGUUCGAAGACGUAAUUAAUAACUAUAAAGUUAUAUUUUUAUUUUUGUUUUCCUGAACGAAAUAAAGGGAAUAGCAGUUUUUCUAAACAAAAACGGUGUAAAAGGCUUCAAAUGCCAUAUUAUAGUAAUGGUAUUUAAUUGUACUUACGGCACACCAAAAACGAACAAUUAAAACGCGCUGUAAAGAAAAAGCAAGACAAUAAAACGCUAAUAAAAUAUAAAAUAUAGAAGAUAAUAAAACUAAUGAACAAAGAUCGACAAAUGAAAUGCGAAAAAUUAUUUCUGCAGAUCUCAUUUAAUUCAUUGAAUAAAUUUUGAGCAUUGAAUUCUAA